GCUCCUUCAGCAAGUCAAGUCUGUACUGAGUCUAAUAGAAUCGUGUUACGCACAUCUUCUUCUGCGGAAUGGCUAGGUACGGUGUCGUGUUGCUGUUGAUCCUUAUAUCGUUGAUGUCUGGGCUCACGUUGAGUGGACCGGUAGAUUCCGUUUACUACCCUAGUGGGGCUCAAACUUACACCACGACGUCAGCGCCUUACUACACUACGGCCUAUGGAACACCAAGCUACUAUGUUGAAGGUACAAAGUCCUACGCGGUUCCAACUUACAGUACGACAGCGGCCCCGUAUUACACCACAGCGGCCCCGUACUACACCACAGCGGCCCCGUACUACACCACAGCGGCCCCGUACUACACCACAGCGGCCCCGUACUACACCACAGCGGCCCCGUACUACACCACAACAUACGCAGCUCCUUCUUAUUAUACAGAGGCAACUAAAUCCUACGCUACAAAGGCGCCUGAAUACUACACCGAGGCAUCGAAAUACUAUUCGGUUUCAAGCUACACAACUACGCCGGCUUACUACACCACUAAUGCUGCAGAGUAUUACACGACAAAGAAAGCUGAGUACUACAGUGCACCAACCCCGUACUACACAACGACGUACGCAUCUCCAUCUUAUUACACUGAGGCUCCCGAGUACUACACCACGACUUCGUACUACACAACCAAGGCCCCCGAGUACUACACCACACCUGUGUCGUACUACACGACUACCUACACGGCUCCUUCCUACUACGCUACUAAGGCUGCAGAGUACUACACUACACCGGCCACGUAUUACACAACGACGUACGCAGCUCCUUCUUCUUAUUACACCGAUGCUUCCAAGUACUACACCACCAAGGCAGAGGAAUACUACACCCCAGCUUAUUACACCACAAAAGCGGCUGAAUAUUACCCUGAUGCCCCGAAAUCCUAUUCAGCUCCAAGCUACACCACAACGGCUGCUUCUUACUAUACCACUGAGGCUGCCAAGUAUUAUGUGGCUCCAACUUACUACAACCAGGCUGCUCCGUCUUAUUACUCUGAGCCGACUUACUACACCGAAGCUCCGCAAUAUUACUCUGCUCCAAGCUAUUACCAAACAGCUGCACCCGUCUACUACACCGAAACACCGAUGUAUUAUUCUGCCCCGAGUUAUUAUACGACAGCUGCCUCUUCGUACUACGAUCCUGUCUACUACACCGAACCACCGAGGUAUUACAGUGCACCCAGCUACUACGAGACUGAGGCUCCUGCUUACUACACAAAAGCACCCGAAUACUACACCGAAGCCCAGAAGUACUAUGCUGCUCCAAGCUACACCACGACAGCUGCAUCGUACUACACUACUGAAGGUGCCAAGUAUUACGUAGCCCCAACUUACUACGCACAAGCUGCUCCGUCCUACUACACAGAGUCGACUUACUACACUGAAGCUCCCCAGUAUUAUUCUGCCCGCACUUCCGAGGCUGAGGCCCCAAAAUAUUACUCAGCGCCCCAAUACGCUGAAGCCCCGAAAUACUACACCACCAAGGCGCCUGAAUAUUAUACCACUACAGCACCGGAGUACUAUGCUACAGCUUCGUAUUACACUACCAAGAAGGCCGAGUACUACACCACACCGGCAACGUACUCAGCCCCAAGCUCCUACACCACCAAGGCUCCCGAGUACUACACCACCAAGGCCCCCAAAUAUUAUUCUGCUCCGGCCUAUUAGAUCUAGAUGUAUUUA